GUCAUACAUCACUCACAUUUUCCGAAAAAGCAUCGUAGUUUGUGUGUAUUUCUAGCUCUCUCUUUUUUCUAUUAUGUUCAGGCUGUGAUUUCGGAGACUUCUGUAAGAUCGCGUGCAAAAUUCAUUAUCGUCGGUACACAAGCAGGCAACAUUGGAACCAAGACAUGGCUCGGUACCUUGCGAAGAUCAUCGGCCUGGGCGCCCAGGCGAUGGGUCGGGCAUUAGUGAAGACAGUGCGCCAGGAGAUCGAGGCCUUUAAUGAGGCCGCCCGGCUCCAUCAGGCGCUCAACAACAACAGCAACGACGCCGCCGUCGACGAUAACAAGGUGAAUGGUAUGACUCUGACGGAGGCUAGGCAGAUCCUUAACGUCAAGGAUUUGGACGAUCAAAAGGCGAUCGAUACGAACUACCAGCACCUGUUCCGAGCCAACGAGAAGCCCUCCGGCGGCUCCUUCUACCUUCAGUCAAAAGUCUACCGCGCCAAAGAGCGCAUUGACCAGGAGCUGGUCAAGCUACAGACGGUAUUCCCAGGUGGCAUUCCUCCUUCGUCUGCAGCCGCAUCCAUUGGGGCGGAAGCGGAAGCCCACUUCAAGGCCACAAAGCCAGGCCCAGAGAGCCGGACAGACUAGUCGUGGUAGGACUUCAAAUAUCCUCACCUGGCUGGCUGCUGGUGUGUCAUCGAAAUCCAUCCUGUCCUUCGUUUAAUCACCAAAAUCGUGAAAUAUGUAGAUAGAUAUAUGAUAGACAUGUGAAAAAUAAUGCUAUAUACAUUUCUAUGAAUAAGAAAUGUGCUUUUAAGUAAUAAACAUGUACAAAUAUCAAUGAAACUGUA